GAGAGAUAGAAAGAGGGAGACCGGAGGAGGAGGAAGAAGAAGAAGAAGCCUCAUCUCAGCCCGGAGAUGAAACACUCUUCCAUCAAACACUGAACAAGCGGGAUUUCACUUGGUGCCGCCAUGUAUUUUGGUAAUGUGUGUCACAGCGCUCUGCCGCCGCUGACUCGUCCCACGCUGGGCAGGACCCAGCCCUCCCCCGACCCCAAAGCCCUCCUCCCCUUCCACCUGUUGCCUGGAUUCACUGACAUGGAUCCCAUCCAUAAAGCUCUGAUCGGCCCAGGCUUCGGAUUAACCUCACCCCUGAAGAGAAAGCCCAGUUCCUGCGGAGUCUGUCGACUGAGGUUCAACUCUGAGGCACAGGCGUCUUCCCAUUACAGCGGCACGAAGCACGCAAAAAGGCUGAAAGCUCUGGACGCCCCAGAUUCAAAGAUCAGGACCUCUGAACCAGUCGCCAAGGAAACCACAUCGCAAAUCCUCCCAUCUCCCUGCUCGCAGCCCUCCAGCUCUGACACAACAUCAGGAGAAGCGUCAGCCCCAAAGCCUACCUCAGAGACGGCACCAUCGACCAGUGGCCCCAGUGAAACUGUGAAAACACCCUCUGACCCCUCUCUGUCACCCAGCCCGAGGCUACUGGAGAAAAAGACACAAAAAGACGGAGAGGCAGAGGCUCCAGAGGAGGAGACGGAAGAAGAAAAAGCUAUACGUCUGCUCUACUGCUCCCUCUGCAAGGUGGCUGUCAACUCAGCCUCCCAGCUCCAGGCCCACAACAGUGGCACUAAGCACAAGACGAUGCUCGAGGCCAGAAGUGGUGAUGGAGCAAUCAAGUCAUUCCCGAGGAUGGGGGUUAAAGCCAAGAUGGCUGCACCAUCUGAGUUGGCGACCGGACUCCAGAACAAAACUUUCCACUGUGAGAUAUGCGAUGUGCACGUGAACUCGGAGACUCAGCUCAAACAGCACAUCAGCAGUAGAAGACACAAGGACAGAGCGGCAGGUAAACCCGCCAAGCCUAAGUUCAGCCCCUACACUCCCACCCAGCGCCACCAGAGUUUCCAAGCAAUAAGACUGACUCUACGGAAGAACCAAGACCUGACCAAACCUCUGGCCUCCUGCCUCCUGCAGCGUCAGCUCUCUGUCGCCGCCGCCAUGGCAUCGUUGCCCCCGUUUCCCCUCCAACCUGCCUCAAACUCAAGCCCCGCCCUGUUUCACAGCCAGCCCCUCCCUCAGGCGCUGCUUCAUCCGGCGCCCGGACCCAUCUGCUCAACACACACGUCGGUUCUGUUCUCCCCCUACUGACCCCGUCGAUGUCUCAAUCAGUUCUGAACUACAGCUAAAUACGCCCAUGAGACUUGAACAAGAUGUGAUAUAAGACAGCUCUCCCUGUAUCCCACAUACCAACAGAUACCAGGAGUGUCUAUAGACUGAGGACUAUUAGCUUGGGCUGAAAACCACAAGACAGGUUGGGAAUGAGGGAGUAGAAAAGCAGCAAAUGAGCAAAGACAGAGUAUUUUCAGAUGUGAGAGAGUGUGUGACUGUGUACGAGUGCAUGCACAGAUGUAGCCGUCAUAGAAGCGCAACUUUUUGCAGCGUUUUUCUCUGCUGAUAAUCAGUAAAACAUUCCCACUGAAAGCAGACGUUGCAGUUUAUUUCGGUGUAGAUGUGCAGAACGGUGAACUUCCAUGACGACUAUAACCGUGUGUGUUUGUAUGUGCAGAUAUGCAUAUAAGUAUGAAUGCCACCCAGAGCAUGCUUGAUUAUUAUUUUCCAAUAAACAAUUGCUGUGGAUAGUCGCAUUGACUGUA